CGCCGAAACUGUUUUCAGAAAAUCGAGACACAAACAAAAAUCAUAGAGAAAUUAAACUACUGAUUCGGUAAGUAAUUGCAGAAAGAAAAGACUAGGUUUACUAAAAUGUUUUGAAGUAGUUUUACCAUGAAGUGUAAGAACAGCGUUGAUGGGAAAGUCUGUGGAGAGGAUGUCCCCCCUUCGUCAAAGUUCUGUGGAUUUUGUGGUGGAAAGGUAGUGACUGAGGAUGAUAACACUACAAAAGCUUGUCCUAAAUGUUCCUUUCUUAUAACCAAUAGGCAGAAAUUCUGUUCUGGAUGCGCAUGGAAAAUUGAUCCCAGCAUAUUUCUUCAAAAGAAAAUAUUUUGCCAAGGAUUAACUCCAGAAAAUAAAAUAUGUGGUGUAGAAUUAUCACCAGAUGUAAAAUUCUGCUGUGAAUGUGGAACAGUGCAGAGUAAUCCCGCAGGAGAAACUCAACAGAAAGUUUCAGAACCUGUUAGAGAAUUGAAAGUAGAUGAAUUUAUGAAGGAUGAACUUCCCAGAAGACAACCUCAUGAAAGUUCAGGAUCUGGGUCAUCCAGUCGAUCAGAGAGUCCUGAUACAUGGAGAGCGCCAGGUAUACCCAUAUUAACUCCUGACUCAAGUAGUGAGGACAAUGAAAUACAUGCAUCUGGAGGACGACAUCUACCCGUUAGAAGUAUUGGAGAAAAUACAUCUCAGGAGAAUGAAGAAACAGCUGAUUCUAGAUAUUUACAGGAGAAAGGAAGAGAAAUGAGAGAUAGCAGUACAAUCAGUAAUGAAGAUAAUGUUGAAAACAGUGGAGAUCUUGAAACGGAAGCCAUCCUGUCAUCUGCAACUGACACUGUGAAUAAUAAUGUGACUGAACCAACACCAUCACAAGAACCAAUGGAAACAGAGCCAAAUAUACAGGGAGGUAACUCUUGGACAUGGAACACAGAAAAUUCUCAAACGAUUAGUUACGAGAAUAGGUCAUCUUUAACCCUAGCUGUUACAGAAUCAGAUGUAAUUAAACCUCAUUCAUUUACACUACCAAGUAGUAAUACAGCACCAUUAGAUGGUGUACCAUCAGAACCAGAAAGGAAGACAAAUGAGACAGAACAAAUUGAAGAAAGUUCUGGAAAUCCACCAGAGGAAAUUCAAGCUCAUGAUAUGGGGACUGGAAGUAAACAGCCUUCUCAAGGAAAAAGUAAGGUACUAGAACUCACCAAAAAGUUUGAAAGUACAGUUACUAUUGAAAGCAGUGGUAAUAAUCAAGAGCCCAAUAAAGGAAGUCCAGAACUGAAGAGAGAAUUCAGCCAUUCAUCAGCUGGAAGUGAAGUGGGAUCUGAUGUAGAUUCAGUUCCUAGUGAGGAGGAGGAUGAAGAGGAUGAUAAGGAUGACCAAGUGUCAGAAGAGGCAGAAAACAAGACAGGUAAAAAGAAAACUAAGCUUUCAAAGGCAGAGAAAAAUAGACUGAAGAAGAAACAGAGAAAGGAAAGGAAUAAAAGAAGAAAGCUGAAUUUACCAGAAGAAGAACCAAUAGUUGCCCCUAAAGAGUCCCCAAAGACUGUUAAAACCCCAAAAGAUACCCAAUCAGCAUCAACCAAGGAAGACAAAAAACCUGUUCAAACAGAACAACCAGUAACUUCAGAAAAUCUCAAUGACAAGAAGACAGAAGAGAUGGAAAAACAUUACCAAACAAGAAGUGUAACACAUGGAAAAAAUGCACAGGAAGACAAACAAACAAAUGAAGACAAAAGUUUAGUUUCUGAAAAUCAGCUGGAUAGAAAAACAGAUAAAGAAGAUAAAAAUAAUAGUACCAAAGCACAACAAAAAGAGGAUAAAAAAGAUGAUAAAAAAACAAACCAGAAGCCAUCAGGUUCAGGGGAAAGUUCAUCAUCAAAUAAAAGCUCAGGAGAGAACAAAACAACAACAAAAGCUACUGGAGGCAAAAAAUAUGCAUUUUCAGAAGCAUAUUUCCAUAUUAUUGUAUCACCAUCAUUGCUAAAGGAUUCCAACAGUGGAGACGUGUUUGUUCAUUUCCAAUCACCUACUUUGGGAGGAUGGAAUUGUAAAAAACACAAAUUUGUUUUCAAAAGAAAACUUCCAGAAGAAUUCAUGGAAUAUCAGAUUCUUGUUAAAAUUCCAAAGGAGCUUUUACAAAAGCCAUUAUACUAUUCAUAUUAUGUUAUACCAAAGGGAUAUGAGAAAAUUGAUGAGUACGUCUACAACUAUGCAUCAGAAACCAAUUAUCGCACAUUGUUUUUGGCUGCUAACAAGAGUAAAGACAUUAUUCACCAAUAUGAUGGGGUUAUCAAAGAAAAACCAGAAAAAGACAGAAAUAAAGGGUUAUUCAAAACUAUUAAAGGAUGGAUUAAGGGUGAUGAUUUUAAAAAACAUCUCAAAAUGGAAGCAGCAUUUUCAUUUCAACAUUUCCUUCCACGAGUACAGUUAUCAACAGGAGAUACAGCUGGCAUUGCUGGUGAAGAAAUUAUUCUGCAUGUGGAAAAUAUUUAUGAAGGCUUAAAAACAACAUAUCAUAUAUCAGCUGGACUAUGGAAUUAUGGAACUGAAUUUCAUGCAUACUUACACAAGGAGGUUCAUGAAUAUAUAUCAGCUGUUGUGACAAAGAUACACGAGAAGAGAAAAGGAAAAGUUGAAAUGGAAGAUCAAGUUCUUCUUCUUGCUGGUGCCAUUACCAUGGUAUAUUUGAAGGAAACAUAUAGCAUUGAGUUAAGGGAAGUUGACCAAGACAGAUUGUGUAAAGCUUUGUUGCCAUUUGUGGACAAAGAGAGAAAACAGUGUCCUGAAUAUGAUGGGCUUGUUUUGUUUUUUCCAAGGAUUAAGAAAAGAAUGUCAGAUGCCUUACUGAAAAUGAUAAAAACUAUGGCAAAGGAUAGUACAAAGAGUGGUUUGUUUUAUUGCAUUCCACUUCAUCACUUUUUGCUUGGAAAAUAUGUUCCUUACCAGUCUGCAACAGCAAAAGUAAAUCAUGAUGAUGCAAUACCAGAAUGGUGGGGCAUUGCUGAUUUUUCAAUUGAAUUGUCAUACUUUCAGGGAAAAAGUAAAUGGGACAGAAACAAAACUGAAAUAUUAGAAGCCAUAGUACCAUACUUUGCUGUAGACUUUCUACUUCCAAGGACAUUCAUAGCAUCACUGAGACUUCAACACUUUGAUGAGAUUGAUUUGGAACUCAUUCCGACAGAUGCAAUUUUAGCUGGAGCUUGUUAUUUCAUUAAGACCAGAACUGCAACAUUUGUGACAGAAAAUGCUAAGAGUUUAAAGAGGAUAUUUGGUAAUGUAUCAUCACAGUUGGUGAAGAUAGCUGAGGAUAGUAAAUUUAUGCUAGAAACUCCUUUGAGAAACUAUAAAAUAGCUGGGGAUGUGUUGAACAAUUUAUACAGUACAUGGGGUGAUGAGAAAAGCCUCCUUUGCUUGGCAGCAGUUGAAAUUUUAAGUAUUGCUGUUGACUGGUUCGCAAAAUGUUUAGCCUUAAGAGAGUCACAGGGUGACAAAGGAACCUAUACAAAUCAUCUUACAUGUUAUCAACUUCACAGAGAUAAAGUCAAGAGCACAUUGAUAAAUGAACAGUAUUAUGGGCAUGAAGUCUUCUUCCUGAAGCUGUGGAAUAAAGCAUUAACAUUAAAGAUACCAGAGGGUAAAAUCAGAGACAACUUUUUGAAUUUCAUGAAAGACAACUUGGAGUCUUGUCUUGACAGGAGAUCAGUAGGCACUGAAGUAAAACUGAUAGAAAUUUACUGUGAAAACAUAGAACUGUUUGGUGAUAGCAUGCAAGAGAUUUUGAGUAAAUUAGCAUACAAAGCUGUUGAAAAGGGUAGCAGUUUGUACUUUGGUACCAGUAUAAGGGGAGCAGCACUGAUGAGAUUCGGUGUACUACUUUCUCAAGUAUUUGAAAGGAGUAUGGAUUUGCAUCAACUGAGUGACCAACACAAAAUAUUGGACUAUACCUUGAACUGGGCACCAUUUUCUACACAUGUGAAAAUAUUUUAUCAUGAAGAAUAUUCCAAAUCCUUGAGUAGUACCAGUUCAGCUUUGAUGAGUUCUUUUGUUGAGGUCAUAAAACAAGCUUCUGAGGCUUUAGCACAUGGUCAGAUUUUAGUACAAGAUUUACAGACGAUUCUGGGUAAAGUUGAUCAUUUCAAAUCUGUUGUUGCUGAAAUUAAAGACAAUCCAAUCAGGCCUGAUUACCUUAUUGCAACACUAGCACUUAGAGAGAAAGAACUUCAUGGCUACCAAACCACAUUGAAGAUAGUUCAGGACUUUGUUUACAUGUGUACAAGAUUUACAGGUAAUACUAAAAAAUUGGAAGACAAAAUUAAAUGUUUUGAAAAGCUUGAAAAUGUUAGUUUGAACUUAUUGUGUAAAGUUGCAAUGCUGAAUGAGACCAAACAUCCGGAGGAGUACCAACCAACUGUCAUUGCAUUUGACUUAGAAGAUCAUGUUGUUCAGACAAUACCAUAUAUACUAAAAUGUGGACAGGGGCUUCUGUUCACCACAUUAUGGGAUAGAAGAGGAAAUGAAUUAGCAAAACAGAAAGGAAAAUCUUUAGAUUUGGAUGAAAUCUUGACAGAAGUUUGGGAACCAACAUACAAAUUUUGGGAUGAUUUGUGUACAAGGUUGAAAAAUGGUGAUUUGAAAUUUUCUGAAUUUGAGAAAUACUUCAAGACAACAGAUAUGGAAACACUAAGAAAUGAACUAAUGAAAUUGAGUCAAGAUGGAAACACAAAAUGGAUUGAUAUAAGGUUGGAUCAACUUGAAAAAUAUAGAAAUCUGCAGAGUUGUUUAUUUGGUGCAAGAGCUAUAAUGGAAGUGGUCAAGGAAUUUGAAUUGACAGGAAAUUUUAAUCAGAUUUUGGAAAUACUUAAAUUAACUGGUGAUGCUGAUACAAAAAUGAAUACUUUGGAUGACAACAUGAUGAAAACCUGUAAAAUAUUAACAGGAAUUGAUGAAGAAAAAGCCAAAAGUCUGAGAACAUUUAUUGCCUGUAAACCUCUGGUAGUAUGGUUACGAGAAACUAUGCCUUCUGGAUUGAAAGAAUUAAAAGUGUUUGUGGACCUUGCCAGUAUAUCAGCUGGAGAAGGGGACUAUGAGAUAGACAAGGUCAACUGUCUUCACUCGGCCACUACUGGAUAUAGUCCACUGAUAUUUAGUCUAAACCAGGAUUGUGAUGCUGCAGUAUUUCUACAUAGAUGUGAAGAAGUAUGGAAGGAACUGAAAGCUGACUCUAAACUACCAAAGAAAUUGGUUGAUACACAAAGACAACUUGACUGGUUGAAAUCAGUAAAACAGACUCAUGGAUCUGUAGAAGUAACCUCCCUUGCACAGGCAGAAGCUAUUAAUACAAAUGGAAUCUACCAAGUAGGAAAUCUGAAGAAAACUGCCACUAUUAAAAAUCCUACAUUGGGAGAGGUGUUAGAAUUACGAGUAACAGAAGCAGAAGGACAGCGUCUUCAGAGAAACCAAUACAAAUAUGAACAGCUUCACGACCUUCAGUCACGUCUCAUGUUGGUGGCAGGGAAAGCUGAAAAGGGCAAAGAUGAUGUAGACAGAUUCAUGUUGAUUUUAGACUCUGUAGUUCGACUUGGUAACAUCUACACAAAACUGGUAGCAGAAGGCUGUGUAUUGUUUUCACAAUGGCAUGUCAAAUUCCUUUGUGACAGAACAAGAAAAGCAUGUGCUUUCAUCAAUUUUGGAUUCGGUGAGGAUAAACACACACUUAAAGGGAGAAUUGAUGACACAAAUGAAGAUGUCAGCUCCAUAAUUCCAAAACUAGCAAAAUUUCUUGAACAGUGUCAUAAAAAAUGGCUGGAUUAUAUUGACGAAAGGCGAGAAAAAUAUUAUUUGUUGAAUUUUUUCACAGUCGACCAAAUGGUAAUUCUACAACAGGAAUUGGUCAAACUUGGAACGGAAGUUGAACCUUCUGUACUCAUAUUUCCUAUGUUGUCUGCUGUAAAACAUGGCUGUACAAAGGAAGAUCUGGUGAGAGCCAUGUCGUCUGCCAAAGAUGAUGUUGACAAGUUAGAUUCACAGAGAGAGGAACAGAUGGAAGAAGAAACGCAAGCUGAAGCAAUGGAUGCUGAGAAUGAAGCAGAUGAUGUUAAGAUUGCUAAAUUCUUAGAAGUUAUGACAAAAUCUUAUCCAAUAGAAUUAGUCAGAGAGGCCCUGAAACAUGUUUCUCCAGAUGACAUUGAUGAAGGUUUGGUAUGGUGUAUGGACAAUGAAGAAACAUUUAUACCAGAAGAACAAGGUAGACAAUCACCAGUCCUGACUGAACCAAUUGAGAAAGAGAUAAACUAUACUGGCUGGACACAAUCUGGACAGUCACUAGCAUCUAUUACUGCAAGCCUUGUUAGCCAGCUUGAUGUUGAGUCAAAGGAGAAUUCAGUUGACAAGUUAGUGAAAGCUUUAGAAGACUUAUGGAACACAUUCCUGAACUCUAUAUCAUCCAGUGUAUCAGAUUAUCUUAGUGUGGAACAUCUUGGACUGAUUCUCAACAGACUUGCUGAACAAGAACAACUGAUUGUUGACAGAACAUUUUUACCCAGCUUUAAGGCAGGAGAACCAAAUCUUAUAAUUUGCCCUCAAAGUGAGAUAUACAACACUGUAUUGUCAGUCUACAGCCAUGAAGAUGACCGACCACUACCACAGUCAGAUGAAGUGUUACUCUGUACACCACAAACUACACUGGAUAUGAUAGAAAUAUUUUGGAGGAGAUCUUUGUUUGCUAACAACAGUAAAGUACAUUGUUUAGUGAAUGCUGAUCUAUUGGAUUAUGAUGUGAGUGAUAGAGGGGAGAGAACUCUGGAAAGACUUAUGAAAAAUGCUGAAAGCAAAGGUAUGAAAUAUAGACUAGUUGUAAUAUGUAGCAGUGAGAACGAGUAUAAGUCCAGGGUAGUAGCAGCUCUAGAUAAGUACCAUAGACCACAGCUACCUAUAGAUGUACCCAAUGUUAGGAAAUAUCUGCUAACAAAGUUGAAGGUUGAGAGGUCAACAACAGGAGUAAGACCAGCAUCAGCUGUAGAUUUUGAAAGGUGCAGCGUUAGAGUCGUAAAAUCAUGGAGAGCAGGGGUUGGAAAGACAUUGUACAAGAAGAGAAUGGUAGCAGAUUUGUAUAAACUGGUACCUAACAUUCCAAGAAGAAUGUCCAGUAAUGUCACCAUUCCACUCCAUGAAAAAGCCAUCAAUACAAAUGACAUUAUGGACAUAUUCCUUCAAGAGACUUUACCUCCACGUUGUCACGAGCCAAGGAUAUUCCAUAUUGAUAUUUCACAUGAAGUACAAGAAGGUGUAGAUGCAUUCCUGUUCCAGUUGUUAAUAUUAGGUUGUUUGGGACACAGUUCUGGACAUGUAUGGAGAAGGUUAGAUGUGGAUUACUAUAUCAUAGAGUCCAUGCCUCUACUAGCCAGGAGUACAGAUGCAAAACUGAAGUGCCUGCACCAUUGCCUAGACAUACUUCCACAUGUGAUGUGCAGAUCUCCUCAGGAAAGUCUAGAGAUAUUGACCGAUGUCAGACGUCCCCCAGACUACACAGACCAUGAUAGACUGUUUGAUGGUAUAGAAUUCAAGAGUCCAACAUUCCAGAGACCAUAUCAGUAUCUCAAAAGGCUGGAUACUAAUUGUAGAUUAGAUGAUGUAAAUGCUAACAUUCCAGAAGAGGACAAAAAACAGUGUCUAAAUACUUUACUUAGACAUUGUGGUAUAAGAGAACCUUCAUGGUCAGAACUGCACCAUUUUGUCAGUUUCCUGAACAAACAGUUACAAGACUUUGAAGUGUCAGCUUUCUGUGGUUUGGCUGCUGUUGAAGACUUGCCAGGAUUUGCCAAGUUUGUACUCAGAUUCCUUAUUCAGAUGUCUAGGGAUUUCUCUACUAGAUCCUUAAAGGUGAGUGAGGAGUCUCCUAUACAGAUGCUACAGAGACAGAUCUCAGAUGAAGAGGAAGAAAACAAGGAAGAUGAUAAUGUCAUCCAACUUUAUCAGAUGAGACGUACAUGGGAAACUAGCCCUCAUCCAUACUUAUUCUUCAACCCAGACCACCACAGUAUGACAUUCCUUGGAUUUAACAUAGACAGGAGAACUGGUAACCUGAUAGAUUUACAGACCAGGAAUGUUCUAGAAGAGGGAAUCAUGCAGCAGAACUUGUUUGAUGCUCUCGUCAGAAACAGAGUCAAUCUGGCUGAGAACUUUGAUUCUCUCCCAAGACACGAGAAGAUUCUGAAGCUAUGUAAUGUGAUGGGACUGGACAUGGCACAUGAUCCUGAUGACACAUAUGAACUGACCACAGAUAAUGUUAAAAAGAUACUGGCUAUUUAUAUGAGAUUUAGAUGUGAUAUUCCAGUUAUAAUCAUGGGAGAAACAGGAUGUGGUAAAACUCGUCUGAUCAAGUUUAUGUGUUCAUUACAACAACCUCCAGGUGCUACUGUUGAUAAUAUGAUCCUGAUGAAGGUGCAUGGUGGGACCAAAGUAUCUGAUAUCAAAAGGAAAGUAAGAAAGGCAGAAGAGAUGGCAAGGAAGAAUGCAGCAGACUACCCAUUCAUGGACACUGUAUUAUUCUUUGAUGAAGCUAACACUACAGAAGCUAUUGGUGUGAUCAAGGAAAUUAUGUGUGAUAGAUCUUUGGAGGGAAAACCUAUCAAACUGCAUGAAAAACUGAAAAUUGUGGCUGCAUGUAAUCCAUACAGAAAACAUUCCGAUGAACUGAUCAAAAGAUUAGAACAAGCAGGACUUGGUUAUCAUGUUGAUGCUGACAAAACAACAGACAAACUAGGUCGUGUGCCCAUGAGACGAUUGGUGUAUAGGGUACAGCCCUUACCCCAGAGCAUGUUACCAUUGGUCUGGGACUUUGGACAAUUGAACACAGAAGUAGAAGAAAUGUACAUCAGGCAGAUGGUCCUAAGAUAUACAAAGAACCAAAAACUUCCAGCAAUACAAGGACUUGAGGAUGUGGUCAGUAAAAUAUUAACAGUAUCUCAAGACUUCAUGAGAAAUCAGAAGGAUGAAUGUAGUUUUGUCAGUUUAAGAGAUGUGGAGAGAGUUUUAGAAGUCAUGAGUUGGUUCCAUAGACAAAGUGAAGAUGAUAAUUCAUUGUUCCAAAAAAUGAAUCAAGAUUCAGAUUACUCUGAUGCAGAAUCAGAAGACGAGACCAUGGAAGUGGAACAACCUCAACAGCAAAUGGAUGAGGUAACCAGAUCACUGGUACUUGCCCUAGGAGUUUGCUACCAUGCCUGUCUCAAGAAUAGAAGAGAAUACAGGGAAACAGUAGCUCCAUAUUUCAGACCACCAUUACAGUUACCAGGAGGUGCUGAACAAGUUGAAGAGGAAAUCACAAAGUGCCAGAAGGUAUUUUUGGACAGUGUAGAACUAGCAGAAAACAUAGCAAGGAACCAAGCCUUAAAGGAGAAUGUUUUCAUGAUGGUUGUCUGUAUAGAACUAAGGAUCCCUAUGUUCCUGGUUGGCAAACCUGGUAGUUCUAAAUCACUGGCAAAGACAAUAGUAGCUGAUGCCAUGCAGGGAAAUGCUGCACAUAAAGCUCUCUUCAAAAACUAUAAACAGGUACAAAUGAUAUCUUACCAGUGCAGUCCUAUAUCAGUUCCAGAGGGUAUUGUUGGAACAUUUAGACAGUGUGCAGCCUAUCAGAAAGAUAAAAAUCUAGACAGAUUUGUGUCAGUUGUUGUAUUGGAUGAAAUUGGUCUUGCUGAAGAUUCUCCAAAGAUGCCUCUAAAGACACUGCAUCCACUGUUAGAAGAUGGUUGUCCUGAUGAUGAAGAUCCAGAGCCAUACAAAAAGGUAGCCUUUAUUGGUAUAUCGAACUGGGCUUUGGACCCUGCCAAGAUGAACAGAGGUAUUUUGGUUCAGAGAGAGGUCCCAGAUAUUACUGAAUUGAGAGAAAGUGCUGAGGGCAUUUGCUCAACAGACAGAGAAGUAUUGAAGUUUAUCAAACCAAUGAUUGUACCAAUGGCAGACUCAUAUCUAGAACUGUUUGAAGAAGCUUCUACUGAAAUGAGAGAAUUUUUUGGUCUCAGAGACUUUUAUAGUUUGUUAAAAAUGUUGUAUGCAUUUGUUUCAAAGUCAAGAAACAAACCCUCAUGGCAGCAGUUGAAACAUUCCAUUCUUCGAAACUUUGGUGGAUUAGAAAAGUCUGAUCCUGUUAACAUAUUCUAUAGUAAAUUGUCAGGACUGGUCAAUAAACAUGAAGAGCCUAAUGAAGAUGAUCCAGACUGUACCUCUGCAGGGAUGAUUCAAGCUUGUCUGUCUGGUGCUAAGUCGAGCAGUGAGAGUAGAUACCUGUUACUACUAACAGAGAAUUAUGGCGCCUUAACAAUUUUACAACAGAAAAUUUCCAUGCACAACGCUGUGGUCAUAUUUGGUAGUAGCUUUCCUAGUGAUCAAGAAUACACACAGGUGUGUAGAAACAUAAACAGAAUAAAAGUAUGUAUGGAGACUGGCAGUACUGUAAUCCUGCUGAAUUUAGAGAAUCUGUAUGAAAGCCUCUAUGAUGCCCUUAACCAGUACUAUGUACAGUUUGGUGGUGAGAGAUAUGUAGAUUUAGGUCUAGGAACCCACAGAGUCAAAUGCAGAGUGCAUAGAAAUUUUAGGCUAAUUGUAGUUGCAGAGAAACAGAUUGUGUAUGAUAAAUUCCCCAUACCACUGAUCAAUCGAUUGGAAAAACAUUUUUUGUCUUUGAAAACAAUGCUGACACCAUGCCAGCUUGAUUUGACAGAAAAGCUACAAGAAUGGGCUCAGAAUUUCUGUGAAGCAAAGGUUCCAGCAUACAUGAGGAAAAAGAAGGACAUAAGAAAGAUAGGAGAUGCUUUUAUGGGGUACCAUGCUGAUACUUGUGCUGCCAUUAUACUACAUGUCUGUCAGGAGAAAAGAUGUAAUGAUGAAGCUGUAUCACAGAUUGAGAAGGAGAUUCUUCGUGAUGCCCAGUCUAUACUUUUAUGGUGUGCCACUCCUGCAGCAGUUUGGCAGCUUGAUGAUAAACGGGUGUUCAAUACAUAUUUCUCAGAGCAACAUCAUGACAGUCUGGCUAAUUACCUCCAUUAUAAGAUGGUGACUGUCAACAAAGGCAGUAUAUAUGCACAGAUAACAACAAAUUCUAAAUUGAUGUCAACAGCAGACAUAGAAAUCCUGUGCAGGUUUAUACCCAUACAGAAACAGAAUGUAACAUUACUGACACUACAGUCUUUUGAUACUGAACAACAGUUUAACAGAAAAAUCAAAGCAUGCUUUGACCAAACUAACCCUUCUGAUCUGUUACUUAUUGUUCAAUGUGACUGUGGGGACCAGAAUGCUGACCUGAUUGCCUGUGCUAGGUAUACUGUCCAAGGAGAGCUACAACAGAUACCAGAGGAAAUUUCUACAGAUGUACAUGUUGUUUUCCUUAUACAGCUUCCUGGUAUAGCUGGAGGAUGCUUCUCUGGAUUUCAGUGUGGAUUAUGGCACUCUGUCCACAUAGAUGACCUUCACCCUGCACCAGAAGAAAUUCCGUCAGUUUCAGAAAUGCAUGGUAAAUCUGUAAGUGCAUUGUUAGCCACCACUAAAGAACGACCUUCAGAGGUCAAAAUGGAUGUUAUGGAAGGUGACCAGAUGGAAAGAAUGGAAACAAAUGAAGAGGAAGUUGACCUAAUGGACAUAGAAUUACAAGAAAAAACACCGGAUAUAAUUUUUACUCCAAAAAGACAGUUUCAUGUUGAUUAUCUGAUAAUGAAAUGUGUACAGCCUGCCCUUGGUAAUGUUAAAGAUCCACCUACAGAUAGUUCCAGGGCUAUAGAAAGACUUAAGAUUAUUUUGAACAGUUUACAGAAUGACUCAGGUGAUAUGACAAUUCUAUCAGGGAUUGCAAAGCAUCUGACCAGCAUACUGAAAGAGAAAGAACAGGGUCCUACUACAAUGAUGACCAACUGGCUAUCAGCAGAGGCGUCAAAACCAGAGAAUAUCAACAGGGCUGGUACUUUUAGGCGAUUUGCAGUUCAGUGUUUGGAGUCUAAAGUAAUACCACUACUAGCUGGGAUCAUAGCUUUUAUAGACACAAAUAGAAAUCUGGACAUACUGACAUUUAAUGAACAAUGGAAAACUGACUUGUGGUUGCAAAUCUUCAAUGAUCCAGAAUUAACUCAACUUAGAUACACCGGGAUAGUCUCCCCUUCUCGUCAGCAAGAAUUACAGGAAGUUAUAGUAAAGACAACAUCACUGGAAGGGAAAGUUUUCUCUGCUGUCAUGCCAUUUUCAUGGUUGAUAUUUCAGCAAAUUGAUGAAGUUUUGAGAAAUACUAUGAAUACAAAAGAAGUUGGAGAUAGCUGGUUUGAUGUUGUAAUGAAAGCAACAGAAAUAUUCCAGGAACUACCUCUUGGAAGGCUUCUUUUCAGUAUAGAAGGAACUUAUAUUCAUCAAGUUCUAAAAUCCUACAUCCUGGACUUUGUUCACAUGGUUCAUACUGUCCAAUCAGAAGAGGAAUGCAAUCUUGUCUGUGAGACAGUGAGAAUUGGAUGUAAAAUUCUAAUUGAAGGAGAAUUUGGACGAUUAUUGCCGUCUUUGUUGGGAUGUCACAUGACCCAUAUUUUACAUGAUGUUAGAUUCAAGAACUUUUCGCAUAUUGUCCAUGUAUGGGCUGGUGUUAGUUGGAGAACAGUAGAGUUCCAGCAGAAAGAAUCAAAUUUUCACCUGGUUACUGAUGAGGAAAUAACACUGGAUAUUCUGGCACUCCAUAUGUUGAUUGAUCACCUUGAGCCAAGCAAGGAAUCAUUAAACAAACCAGAAACCAGAACAAAAUGGUUACGACAAGUCUGUGAUUAUAGACCAAUCAUAGAAAGGAUCUUUGGACAUUUUAAUCAAGACACAGAUAGAAGAGAAUUUCACUAUGGUAAAAAGUGUCAGAGAGGAAUUGAACAAGCAAGAUUACAAUGGACAAGAGUGGUUGUUGUCAAGUUAUUUAUAGAACAUGUAUGUACAUCAGGAAAAGAAGAGCUGGAUAUUAGACGAUGUAUGCCAUUAUGGCAGACUUUUAGAGAGGGUGCAGAUAUGAAAGACAUCAAAUCUUUAGAAAAGAUGGAGAGGUUCUUGAAGCUUUGUCAUAAAGAUAUUGUAAAGAAAUGUUUUGGUGACCAAGCCAAAUGUAUAUCCUGUGAAAAUCCUAUAGAAGGGGCACCUGUCAGACUGCCUUGUGAUCAUGUGAUCUGUAGGAAAUGUUUCUAUGAUUGCGUCACACUCAAGGAAUUUGAAUGUCCUAGCUGUCAUGAGAAGUUUCCAGAGGAUUUGAAUCCUGAUAAGUCAGAAAAUGUUGGAGAAAUCAGAAAGUACCAAGAUUACAGAACACGAUGCAACAGUUUCUUCAUGGAGGUGGUAUCACAGCUGUGUUUUGCUGAAGGAACACCUCCAUCACAGGAAGUCAUAGAGAAACUUUUGUCAUACAUCAUAGGCCACACUAAAGGGAAGAAAAUAGAAAGAGUAGUGUCAAGAGAACUGACCAUCUUUGAUGAUUCGAUAGACCCAACCCCAGUUGUACGAUCUUUCUUAUUACAACAGUUGAUGCAGACAAGUGGUCAUGAGAUUGAGACCCAUCUGCUAGCCUACUUCAACUAUGCUGAAAGAUUAGUAAAAACUACAGGGGACAAACAACAACUGAUUGAAUUAUGUCUUCUGGUAAUGACCUGUAUGGAGGAUUCAUUACAUCAGCAGUAUGCAAACAGAGAGGAUGAAAUUACCAUGGCAACCAAAAUGUUAAGGGAUGCAGUACCUAACAUAACUGGUGAAAUUGAAUUGUUAGAUAAAAUUGACAAUCUUUCUAAAGUGAGGUUUUCACUAACAGUUGUUUCUAAAUAUAUACACAAACUAUAUGGUACAGCCCAGAAAUCUAUGCCAGAUCCUACAGUGAGGAAGUUAUUUGAUGCAGCUUCUAAAAUCUGUGAAGAAUGUGGAUCUCCAUGGCCAAGGAGAUACUUUGUUAAGCAGUUAUGUCGAUGUUAUGGUAUUGAAAGUUAUCAAACAGUUGUAACAAAAAGUGAAGCAAGCUUCCUUCGAUGGGUCCGUCUACCAGAAUUAAAAGGAAACAAGGUAGAAGAAUGCCACGACAGAUAUAUUGUAACUGGUGAUGAAUACAAAGAGUUGAGAGAGACCAUAGUUACCACUGUUCUAGGUGGAAACAGUGAAAAACUAGAACUCUUGCUCCAGAAACCACCCAAUGAAUGGCAGACAAGAAUCAAAUUACAACUUGCUUUACAUAGAGAGAUGACUAUGAAUAAUGUGUAUGGAGGACAGACACAGAAGUUCACAGAGAAGGGAAAGGAGUUCUUAAAUGAGUUUAUAAUGAGCCAUGUGAUUGUUAAAAAUAAGGAAAUAACCCAGGGUAUAAUAAAAAAUACUUUAUGGAGACUACCAGGAAACAUAAUACCUGCAAUGGAAUUAGCAGACCAAAACAUUUCUUGUUUACUGACACAUUUUCUGGUUAUGAUGGCUGAAAUUCCAGGGAAGACAACUCUACUUACCCCUCUACACAGAAUAACUCUGGAACCUCAAGGCAUGGCUCAAUCUUAUUUUCCUUCAAUGCCACAAGAUGAAGUAUCAGAAAUAAAAGAAGCUCUUCUUGCUGCCAGACAGCAGACUCCAGGGGAAAAUCCAGUGUUUUACAGGUGUCCCAAUGGUCAUCCAUAUGUAAUUGGAAAUUGUGGACGAGCUGCAACAGUUGGUAUUUGUAAAGCUUGUGGUCGGGAGAUCGGUGGGGAAGGAUAUCAACUCAGAGCUGGAAAUGAAGUGGACACUGGCCUUGAUAGAACUGAAACAGGACACAUAUUAGGAAGAGCAACAAAGAUGGGACCUGUGUCUGCCCCAGAGAGAAAAUUAAAUAGAGCCUCAUUUUCAGUACUUAGACUGUUAACCCAUAUCUCUAUGUAUGUAGGAGCUAAUGUCAAUCUACAGGCAGUGUGUCAGUCAAUCAAACCAAACAUUGAGCAAGCAGAUGUAGGAAGAUACUUGAUAGAACAUAUUGACCUUGACCUAACCUCUGUUCAGAAUGUCCUUGGUAAAAACAAAGAUGAAAUCUUGGUUCUGAUUCAUUAUCUGUUGGCUAGGAUUAUGAAUGAGCACACAAUUGCUAUUAUUGGAGAAAAUCAAACUCCAAAUGUUUGUGGAUUAUUGGAUAAAGCCUCAAGAUCCAAGUGGGAGGAAGAAUUUGCUAAACGAUACAUUGAACCUGUUAUUCAGGAUAUGCAGAAUAUCUUGAGAGUGAUUAAUGGUAAAAUCUUGAAUGACCAAAGACUUGGAGCUGAUCCACUUCUUCAGAUAUUGUAUGAAACAGACAAACCACAAGAAACAGAGGAGAACUUGAUAUUACAUGAAGUUCCUUCAGUUUGGAGAUAUAGGGCUAUGAUUACUGUCAAUCAUCUACGACAACAUCUGGAUGCAGCACAAAUGAAAUUACCUGUUCUUAGAUUAUUCCUCAAAGAGGAACAUCAUUUGAGGGCUAUCAGAUUUGUCCCUAGUAUUAUAAGGCUGCAAAAAAUGUUGAUGCAGAAAUACAACAGAAAACUUGACAGAGCUGAAGCAACAACACUCACUAUUGCAGACGUCAAAGUACAGAUGAGACAAGAGAGAAGACUUAAAGAAUUUGGACAUUUGUUGGAAGAUUAUAUUGAAGCUUGGAACUGUGUCAGGGAAUCAUUAGAAACAUAUCUGUGUCCAGCUAAUGAGAGUUUGGUGACAGUGGACAAAGAAUAUUGUAGGAAGGACAUAACAGAGGACACAUCAAUAUCACAUCUAAUACCUACAUAUAAAGAUGCCGGGCUUUGCUCUUACGCUCUCCUCUUUUUCCUGCUGAAGAAACAAAAUAUCUUCCUAGAUAACUACUGUGCUCAAACCAAGCAGAAAGAGGACAAUCUUCCCAAAGUUCAUGUGAAGGACAUAUCAUCUGCUCACCUGAUAAGUUACCAUCCCGACAAAGAUCUGUUACCCAUGGUGUUAGCCAACUGUAAUUAUUCCUUUGAAGUAGGACAGGGAACCAGAAUAGAUUACAAUGUUACUAACCUUGAGAGACAGUUGAUGGACAGAUUCCUCUUCUCCAAAUCUCUCAUUACCAAAAUUCAGGAGAUAGAGACAAUCACUUAUCGAUCUGAAUCUACUAAUGCUGUGGUGUUCAAAAGUCUAUAUCUGAGAGUUAAACAGGAGAGACUAAACCCAGCAGUUUUGAGUCAGAUAUGUGGAGAAUUGCGACUGAAAUCUUACCCAGAUCUCUGUGAGAGUUUAGACAAGCUAGACAUUGCAAUUAGCUUUUUGAAGUCUGUAGGAUCUGAUCCAGAAAGUUCUUUGAAUGACUUCAUGACAAACACUCUGAAGAUGGACAAUCCAUUUCCUAGUCAAAAGGCCCAACAAGCAACUAGAUGUAAACAUACCAUGUCUCUGUGGAUAACUUUAGCAAUGGAAAGAGCCAAAUUCUUGGCAAAAUAUGAUAAAAAAGCUUUUGAAGGAAUAUCAGAGAACUUUAAGAAACCAUUAACAGAAGACCAGACACAAGGUGUCGAGGACAUUUUAAACAAAUUACCAAUAGAACUGAUUGAUGUCUUUGUGGAGUUAUUAUUCGAAUGUAUUGUUCUAAAAAUAGAUGUCCCACAGAAUAUUGAUGAUGAAGACUAUGUUGAUAUGUCUAAAAUAUGUUUACGUGAUGCAUUAAUUGGAUAUUUGGACGCCUGUCCGUAUGAUGAAGAUUUGACAGUUGAAGAUACUUUAAUGAUGGCCAUUGGUCAGUUACCAUCAGAAAAAGACAAUCUCAACAGGAUAUCGACAGCACAGUCUAUAGAAGUCUGGAGUCUAGUCAAUAAAGUGUUUACAAGUAAACAAAGACAGAGACGUUAGAUAACAAACCAGUGGAAAAUAGCAAAUGUAGAAAUAUUAGUGCCAUAGAACAUUUUUAUGGUCUUGUUUUUUGUGUUAAUUUUCUCAAAUGUUUAUGCCUUUUAAAGAAUACAUUGCAUGAGAGCUGUUUUUUACAGGUUUUCUUAUAAGUAUAAGGGCACAAAUUUGAAAUCAUGUUUUUAUAUGGCUGGGAUACACCGGCAAACUAUGAUAAUAUAUAUGCAUAAUAAGUAAAUGAGUCACCACAGUAUUUUUGUUUGUAUGUUUUUUUUUCACUUGUUUGAAAUCCUUAAAAUGUGAUAAGAUAAAAAUAUUAUAAAAAAUGUAUAGAGGACCAUUAUGAUAUGUCAAAUAUAUAUAUAUAUAUAUAAGUUGCAGAUACAGAAUUAGUUGCAAGAACAAAUAUACAUUUUAGGGGUCAUGAAUAUAAUAACAUGUUUUUUUUUGUAACCAAAUUAAUUAAUGGGACCAGUAUGGGACCAGUAUAAUUAUUUCAUUUUGUUACUUCGUUCACUGUUAUUUUGUUGAAUUUGUUUAUUUUUCUUAUUUGUUCUAUUCUGCAUUACAAUCUGGUUUCAUUCAUGUUUUGUAAAUAAAUUAAGAAAAAUAUGUAAAAUGUAUAGGUAUAAGCUAGAUUUUUUUAAAGUUUGAAAUUUUCUUUGAAUCCAGUUUCAUGUAUUG